AUGCCAUACAUUGGAAUUGGAACUGGUGGAUUGCCAUGUGACGAAGAAACGACAAGAAAAAUGCUCAGAGAAGCGCUUGAGGCCGGAUAUCGACACAUUGAUACUGCAGCUAUGUAUUACACGGAGAAUAUCGUUGGUGAGGUCGUCGAAGACUUCAUUAAAGCCGGGAAAUUGAAAAGAGAGGAGAUUUUCAUUACAACGAAGUUGGCUCCAGUGAACCAUCGAGUCGAGUUCGUGCGAGAUGCUUUCAUGAACUCUUUGAAACGGUUGAGGACCAAUUAUGUGGAUAUGUUUCUGAUUCAUGUACCAGUCACAUACAAGAACGAAGGCUCUCUUGAUCUUUAUAUGUUUGACGUGCUUAAACUGCAACAAGACACUGGACACGAUUUAGUCGAAACUUGGAAAGAAUUGGAAAAGUUAUACAAAGAAGGGCUCACUAAAGCAAUUGGCUUAUCGAAUUUCAAUUCAAAGCAAGUGAAAAGAAUUUGUGAGAAUGCGGAAGUGAAACCGAUGAACAAUCAGAUAGAGCUUCAUGUCCAUUUCCAACAAAACGAGCUCCGAUCUGUCUGCAAAGAAUACGGGAUUGUGGUUACCGCAUUUGGACCGAUCGGUUGUCCAGGCAAGAAAGCAGAUCCAAAGUUUAAUUGGCCGUCGGACGGACCGCUUGAUGAUCCAGUGGUUGUUAAAUUAGCUGAGAAGCACAAGAAGACUCCAGCACAAAUACUCCUUCGUCACCUCUUCCAACACGAAAUCGUCGCUGUGCCCAAGAGCACUAAUCCCAGAAGGAUAAAAGAAAACAUUUCAAUAUUUGAUUUCGAAUUUUCAACAGAAGAGGUGAAGGAAUUGGAUCAAAUCCCGGCUCGACCAAGACUAUAUAAAAUUUCCGGAAUUGGCCAUCCGGAUUACCCAUUUGAUGACGUCACUGCUAAA